AUGGGUCUUUCGAAUGCAUCUGUUGGAUACCUCAACUAUCCCACACAGGUAAUCUUUAAAUGUUGUAAGCUUGUGCCCGGUUCUGAUUGGUGGAAUACUUAUACAAGGGAAACGAUAUGGAUGGUUAGAUUUAUUUGCAGCUGUGCUUAUGAGCAUAGAGGAUAUGUGAUGAUUUCCGGCGCUCUUCUUGCAGACGCCGUAAUAGGCAAUAUUCAAGAGAAAAACAUGAAGAAAUAUGGUGGAUCUAGCAACGAAAUGGUCUUGUAUUCCUAUUCCAUAGGUUCUGUGUACUUGUUUGUGUACACGAUCGUUUCUGGAGAACUUUUCAGCGCCUUUCAAUUUUUUCUCGAUAAUCCAUGGAAAACAUACGGUUACUCUCUGAUCUUUGCACUUUUUGGAUACCUUGGCGUGAACGUUGUGCUUACCCUCAUAAAAGUGUGCGGAGCGCUUGUUGCGGUUACGGUCACAACACUGCGUAAAGCUCUUACUAUCACGCUCUCGUUCAUUCUGUUUUCGAAACCAUUCACUGUGGACUAUGUAUGGGCAGGCCUAGUUAUACUCGCAGCUAUUUACCUGAACUUGUACAGUAAAAACAAGCAAAAAUGGGACGCGGAAUUGAAGCGAUUCAUGAUGCGAUUCGUUUCGUCUUCGAGAGUCACAGUCUUCGCAAAGGAUGGCCCCUUCAUGGUCUAA